GCGCGAAAUGAUUCGCCAGAAGUGGUGGACACGACUGCAAGGCUGUCAGCGCUCUGUCGAGGACUGGCAAAAGAUACUUCAGGUCCACUCUCUGGUCCUUCUGCCGCACGACGACAUGCGCUCUCACCUUAAGUUCGCUAAACUGUGCCAACGAAGCGGCCGUUUGGGUCUCUCCUACCGGACACUGGUCACACUCCUGGAGACCGACGCCUCUAAUCUCGUUCCCGGAGUCCCGCUGCCCACCAAAUACCCGAUGGUUACCUUCCGAUACAUUGAGCACAUGUGGAUCUCUGGCCAAAAGGAGGAGGCGUUCCAACAGUUGGCGCACUUCACCCAAUCGACGCUCAUUCCGCAGAACAUCCACUUCUUGGCCAACGACGAGACACAACAGAUACACCAGAGGAAUGAGUUGAACAAACUGUUGUCGCGGUGUUAUCUAAAGUUAGGCGAAUGGCACGAAAACCUGCAGGGAAUCAACGAGAACUCCAUUAACGUAAUACUUCAGUACUAUUUGGCGGCCACCGACGGAGCGAUAGUGAGCGGCACCGAAAUGAAGAAGUGGAUCGACGAGUUGUUUCCUAUUAUUCUGGACGCGAUUCAGGACUCGUCGUCGCACCAGAAGCGUGAGGUCGCUCUCUGGACAUUAGGACGUCUGGUGGAGAACUCGGGUUAUGUGGUGGAGCCGUACUGGAAAUACCCCAACCUUUUGGAUAUUUUGUUCAAUUUAUUAAAGUCGGAAUCGACUCAAAACUCGCAACUCAUCCGCCGCGAGACCAUACGAGUGCUCGGACUUCUCGGCGCUGUCGAUCCCUAUCGACAUAAAGUCAAUUUGGGAGUCAUUGACCAGUCGGGCGAUCCGUUGAUAGCGCACGAGCCGAUCAUCGAUCAAGACUUCAACGCACACGAGAUGCUGUCCAACGUGUCGUCCAAUUUUGACGACUUCUACUCAGCGCAGGCCAUAGCGACGCUCAUGCGUGUGAUGAGAGACCAGGCGCUGAGCGGUCACCACACGAUGGCCGUGCAGGCCGUGGCCUUCAUAUUCAACGUGUUGGGCGUGCGUUCGGUGCCAUACAUUCAACACGUUUUGCCCCCAUUUAUGAAUGUCAUCCGAACGGGUGAACCGCAUAUCAGAGAAGUAUGCGCUUUAAUGGCAACUGAUUUUUACGCUUUGCAAAGUUUUGGCACAAAUCUCGACGAUUACAUGCAUUUGUUGAUCCCUCCUAUUGUCAGACUCUUCGAGUCGAGUGAUAUAAAAGACAGUGACGUGAAGAUAGCGGCCCUUAAGACCAUCGAUGUCCUGUCCGAAGACCUCCAGUUAACAGAACUUUCGCCGCGAAUAAUACACGCUAUCGUUCGCACCAUUGAUAGCAAUCCAUUUGAUAGAGUGAGUCGACAAUCGGUUAUAUUUUUGGAUUUAGUAAAUCAAGCGAUGGAUACGCUGUCGGCGGUUGUCCUGCAAUUGAACCGUCGGUACCAGAUAUUCAUACCAAUGGUGAGCAAAGUUCUGCAAAAACACAAAAUAAGUCAUCAAAAGUACGACAUUCUGGUGACGAAAAUAAGCGACGGGUCAACCAUUGGAGACUCCGAUGACGACCCGAUGAUGUCCGGCAAGAGACACAUUAAACGCGGCAGAAAUCAAUUCAAAGACCCGUCCGGUUCGGUACCGGAUCCCAAACGAAACCCUGUUUUGUUGACAGACCUGCAGAGGGCUUGGACUCAAUGCUCGCGACGCGUCUCCAAAGAGGAUUGGUUGGAAUGGCUUAAGAUUCUGAACAUUGAUUUGAUCCGCGAGUCGCCAGCGCUGGCCCUCCGCUCCUGCUUUCCAUUGGCUCAGGCGUGCAGUUCUGUGGCCCGCGAUCUCUUCAAUCCGGCGUUUCUCAGCUGUUGGAACGAAUUGAAUGAAGAACACCAAAAGGAAUUGAUUCAAUCAAUACAAGACGCGCUGAUGCAACAGGACAUCCCAGAAGUGACCGGAAUUCUGUUGAAUUUGGCCGAAUUCAUGGAACACGUGGAUCGCGGACCGCUUCCACUCAACGAGAAGACAUUGGCCGAGAGGGCCAUUAAGUGUCGGGCGUUCGCCAAAGCCUUGCACUACAAGGAGGAAGAGUUUAAGGAUAAGGAAAAGGGACCGACCACUGAAGUGUUGGGCGCACUCAUCAGUAUCAACAAUAAGCUGCAACAGCCGGAGGCAGCCGUCGGUGUCUUAGAGUACGCCAACAAAAACCAAUUCAACGACAUUGAGGUGAAGGAGCGCUGGUAUGAGAAACUGCACGACUGGGAGAACGCACUGAAAGCCUAUAAACUGAAGUCGGAUAAAGACCCGAAGGAUGUGGAGUCAGUGGUGGGACAGAUGCGAUGUCUGGAAGUGUUGUCCGAGUGGUCAAAGUUGUAUAACUUGGCGGUCGUGUCGUUUCCCGAAGUGAAUCAGGAAAACAAGCAAAAGAUGGCUCGCAUGGCGUCAACAGCCGCCUGGGGUUUAGGCCACUGGACACAAAUGGAGGAAUACACGAAACACAUUGCGGCCGACACUCCCGACUCCGCCUUCUAUCAGGCGAUACUUCAGAUCCAUUACCAGAACUACAACAGAGCGCAGACGCUGAUAGACAAGUCGCGCAAACUGAUUGACACCGAACUGACAACAAUGGCGGGCGAGAUCAACAAUAAGCUGCAACAGCCGGAGGCAGCCGUCGGUGUCUUAGAGUACGCCAACAAAAACCAAUUCAACGACAUUGAGGUGAAGGAGCGCUGGUAUGAGAAACUGCACGACUGGGAGAACGCACUCAAAGCCUAUAAACUGAAGUCGGAUAAAGACCCGAAGGAUGUGGAGUCAGUGGUGGGACAGAUGCGGUGUCUGGAAGUGCUGUCCGAGUGGUCAAAGUUGUAUAACUUGGCGGUCGUGUCGUUUCCCGAAGUGAAUCAGGAGAACAAGCAAAAGAUGGCUCGCAUGGCGUCAACAGCCGCCUGGGGUUUAGGCCAUUGGACACAAAUGGAGGAAUACACGAAACACAUUGCGGCCGACACUCCCGACUCCGCCUUCUAUCAGGCGAUACUUCAGAUCCAUUACCAGAACUACAACAGAGCGCAGACGCUGAUAGACAAGUCGCGCAAACUGAUUGACACCGAACUGACAACAAUGGCGGGCGAGUCGUANUGUAUUCAUGAACUGUUUAUCCAUUACCAGAACUACAACAGAGCGCAGACGCUGAUAGACAAGUCGCGCAAACUGAUUGACACCGAACUGACAACAAUGGCGGGCGAGUCGUACAACAGGGCGUACGCGCCGAUGGUUCAGAUCCAGAUGAUGUCCGAACUCGAGGAAGUGAUUCAAUACAAACUGGUGCCCGAAAGGCGCGAAAUGAUUCGCCAGAAGUGGUGGACACGACUGCAAGGCUGUCAGCGCUCUGUCGAGGACUGGCAAAAGAUACUUCAGGUCCACUCUCUGGUACUUCUGCCGCACGACGACAUGCGCUCUCACCUCAAGUUCGCCAAACUGUGCCAACGAAGCGGCCGUUUGGGUCUCUCCUACCGGACACUGGUCUCACUCCUGGAGACCGACGCCUCUAAUCUCGUUCCCGGAGUUCCGCUGCCCACCAAAUACCCGAUGGUUACCUUUCGAUACAUUGAGCACAUGUGGAUCUCUGGCCAAAAGGAGGAGGCGUUCCAGCAGUUGGCGCACUUCACCCAAUCGACGCUCAUUCCGCAGAACAUCCACUUCUUGGCCAACGACGAGACACAACAGAUACAGCAGAGGAAUGAGUUGAACAAACUGUUGUCGCGGUGUUAUCUAAAGUUAGGCGAAUGGCACGAAAACCUGCAGGGAAUCAACGAGAACUCCAUUAACGUAAUACUUCAGUACUAUUUGGCGGCCACCGAUCGCGACAACAAUUGGUACAAAGCGUGGCAUUCGUGGGCUUAUAUGAACUUCGAAGCCGUCAACUUCUAUAAGGGUCUUCACUCGUCAGCCGACGGCCAGUCGCCCGCAGAGCCGACAACUGCCACGUCUUCACCGGUCGGUUCACUACAACCGCUCAAAACUAAAUACGUUCGCGAAUACUGUGUGCCGGCUGUGCGCGGCUUUUUCCGAUCGGUGUCCUUAGCUCACGGAUCUAGUCUUCAGGACACACUCAGAAUACUGACCAUUUGGUUCGAAGAGGGACAGCACCAGGAGGUGUACGAGGCGUUGGCCGAAGGCAUUAAGACAGUGCCCAUCGAGACGUGGCUUCAAGUCAUUCCUCAACUGAUCGCCCGAAUCGACACAACGAGACAAUUGAUUGCACGCCUUAUCCAUCAGUUGCUGAUAGACAUCGGCAAACAUCACCCGCAGUCACUCAUAUACCCGCUGACAGUGGCGUCGAAGGCGUCAGCGCCGGGCCGUCAGGCAUCGGCCAAAAAGAUAUUAGACAUAAUGCAAGUCCAUUCACCCAAUUUAGUACAGCAGGCAAUGCUUGUCAGCGAAGAGCUGAUCCGAAUCGCCAUUCUUUGGCACGAGUUAUGGCACGAAGGACUGGAAGAGGCGUCGAGGCUCUACUUCGGCGAACGCAACGUCAGAGGAAUGUUUGACAUUUUGGAUCCGUUGCACCAAAUGUGCGAUAGAGGACCACAGACUCUGAAAGAGAUGAGCUUUAAUCAGGCCUACGGUCGCGAUCUCAGCGAAGCCCAGGACUGGUGUCGCAAAUAUCAACUCCACGGUAACGUCAAAGACCUGACCCAAGCGUGGGAUACUUAUUACCAUGUGUUCAGACGAAUAUCGAAACAAUUGCCACAAUUAACGUCAUUGGAGUUGCAAUACGUGUCGCCCAAACUGAUGACAUGCCGUGACCUGGAGCUGGCGGUUCCCGGUUCUUAUAACCCCAAUCAACCGCUCAUACGUAUAGCCAAAGUGGAGUCACAGCUCAAUGUGAUUACAAGCAAACAACGGCCCCGAAAGCUGUCCAUCAAAGGCAGUGAUGGACGCGAUUACAUGUUUUUGCUCAAAGGCCACGAAGACCUGCGACAAGACGAGCGAGUGAUGCAAUUGUUUGGUUUAGUCAACACAUUACUGACCGGCGAUCCCGAGACUUCGCAACGAAAUUUGGCGAUACAACGAUAUGCAGUGAUCCCGUUGUCGCCCAACUCUGGUCUGAUAGGUUGGGUCCCGCACUGCGACACUCUUCACACACUCAUACGUGACUAUCGCGAGAAGAAGAAGAUAAUGUUGAACAUUGAGCACCGGGUUAUGCUCCGAAUGGCUCCCGAUUACGACCACUUGACUCUCUUGCAAAAGGUGGAGGUGUUUGAACACGCCUUAGAGCACACGUAUGGCGACGAUUUGGCCAAACUAUUGUGGCUGAAGAGCCCCUCAUCCGAAGUGUGGUUCGAUCGGCGAACCAAUUAUACCCGAAGUCUGUCCGUUAUGUCAAUCGUGGGCUAUGUCUUGGGUUUGGGUGACAGACAUCCGUCGAAUCUGAUGUUAGACCGAAUGUCCGGCAAAAUAUUGCACAUCGAUUUCGGCGACUGUUUCGAAGUGGCGAUGACUCGCGAGAAGUUCCCCGAAAAGAUCCCAUUCCGGUACUCAUCCGUUAGAUCUGUGUUUUUGGCGAUGACUCGCGAGAAGUUCCCCGAAAAGAUCCCAUUCCGGUACUCAUCCGUUAGAUCUGUGUUUUGUUAUGUGAUUAAUGUUUUAUUGUUGACUGUCUUGUGGUAUAGAUUGACCCGAAUGUUGAUCAACGCGAUGGAAGUGACGGGAAUUGAGGGCACGUAUAGAAUCACGUGCGAGAAAGUGAUGCGAGUCCUGCGCAACAACAAGGACUCGUUGAUGGCAGUGCUCGAGGCCUUCAUUCACGACCCCAUCUUCUCCUGGAAACUCAUCGAAGCUCAACCGAAACUGAAGCACUCGAUCGACCUCUUGGACGAAGACGAAGGCGCAGUCGGCGGUGCCCUCACCGGCGCCUCCGCCUCGAAAAAGCCUCCCCUCUCGACCUCCACGUCAACAAUCGGUGUCAUAUCCGAGAGCACAGGACUUCCGCACGAAGGGCUCAAUAAGAAAGCGUUAGCCGUUAUAAACCGAGUGCGCGAUAAGUUGACGGGCCGUGACUUUGAGGCCCACCUGAGUCUCGAUGUGGCCGAACAGGUGGAUCUGCUCAUACGUCAGGCCACUUCGCACGAGAACCUGUGCCAGUGUUAUAUCGGUUGGUGUCCCUUCUGUUGUGACACUCAUAUAAUGCCAACCCCUUUCUCGAGGUCUUGCGGACCGAACGACUUGGGCAACAGUGCGGCCAACGAUGUCUUCUCGUACGUGAGAUCAGGUCUAACCAAAUAUAUAACCAAAUCGGUUGAGAAC